UAGCGCCGAGUGCCGAGGGUGCCGUAACCCCCAGCUUCCCAUAUUAACCAGCUCGACACCAUGGUUUUCACAGCUCGGUCACUUUCUGUACUACUUUUCGACGGCGAAUAUUUGCCUCCAUAGUCGCGAGAAAAAUGGCAACGGUUCGACUGGCUGCGUUAGUCUCGUCGCGAAGGUUAAUUGCUCAGCCGCGGCCUCAUCUAGCAGUGCCGCAACUUUCCAUAAGCCUGUUCCCUUCCUCUACGAGAGUUGUUGCUCGCGCCAGAUCCACGACUUCUACAAGUGAGCAACCUCCGAGGGCUCCAAAAAUUGACAGGAGUGCUUCAAAAUUGUUCAAGAAUGCGGACGCUGCCGUUGCUGACCUGAAGAGCGGGUCAACCAUCUUGAGUUCAGGCUUUGGUUUAUGUGGUGUUGCAGAAACGUUAAUUUCUGCACUCCACCGCAGAGGAGCGGCCGAUCUGCAUUCUUUGACGGCAGUUUCGAACAAUGCUGGCGCUGCCGGGAAAGGCGGGCUUUCUAGUUUAACUGAGGCCGGACAGGUCAAUAGGCUGAUCCUCUCCUACCUUGGGAACAACAAGGCGCUGGAGAAGAAGUACUUGACAGGAAAUAUUGCCAUUGAACUGUGCCCUCAAGGGACAUUGGCCGAGCGCUUACGUGCCGGAGGGGCCGGAAUCCCCGCGUUUUUCACUCCCACGGGGGCUCAUACCUUGCUACAGGAUGGAGAGAUUCCGGUCCGCCUAGACACAUCUGGGAAGGUGAUCGAGCGUGGCAAGUCCAGAGAGACGAGGGUUUUCAAUGGCAAAACAUACCUGAUGGAGACUGCACUUAAUGGAGAUGUGGCAAUUCUCAGAGCCUGGAAAGCAGACGCGGCAGGAAACUGUGUUUUCCGUUACACCACGAAGGCGUUUGGCCCUAUCAUGGCCAAGGCGGCAACACUUACCAUUGUUGAGGCUGAGAACAUCGUCCCUGUCGGCUCAAUCGACCCCAACGACGUCGAUUUACCGGGGAUAUUUGUUGACAGGAUCGUCCCUGCAACCGACAAGAAGAGCAUCGAAGUCAAGAAACUACGGUCUGAUGGUGAUGACAAGGCGAUCAAGGCGGCGGAGGAUGCUGCGACAGUCCUUCGAAACCGAAUCGCUAAAAGAGCUGCUAGAGAACUCAAGCAGGGCUUCUAUGUUAACCUGGGUGUUGGAAUUCCCACACUCGCCCCCUCAUUUCUGCCUGAAGAGGUAAAGGUUUGGAUACAAUCCGAGAAUGGUAUUCUGGGAAUGGGGCCUUAUCCGACAGAAGAGCAAGUCGAUCCGGAUAUCAUCAAUGCUGGCAAAGAAACUGUCACUCUUGUCCCCGGCGCUGCAACCUUUGACAGCAGUGAGUCGUUCGGCAUGAUCAGAGGGGGCCAUGUAGAUGUCUCGAUUUUGGGGGCUUUACAAGUAAGUGCGAACGGCGACCUGGCGAACUACAUGAUCCCCGGAAAGGUCUUCAAAGGGAUGGGGGGGGCCAUGGACUUGAUCUCCAACCCCGAGAAGACCAAGAUUGUGGUAGCUACCAGCCAUACGGCUAAGGAUGGGUCUCCAAAAAUCGUGGCCGAAUGCAGCCUUCCUCUGACUGGGGCAAACUGUGUCAGCACCAUCAUCACCGAGCUCUGCGUAUUCCAGGUAGACCGGAUGAGGGGCGAGCUUCUGUUGACGGAGCUUGCUCCAGGCGUGGAGGUUGAGGAUAUCCAGAACAAAACUGGAGCGAAAUUCACGGUUGCAGAACACCUGGAGCUAAUGGAAUAAUGUGGGGUAGCUAGAUGUACCUAUACGAACCGAGUUCUACCUGUCAAUACUAAUGAUCUUCCGAAAUAAAU